UGGGCACGAAUUUUUUUGGUUAUUUAUUUCUUAUUAUUUUUCAGUCUGAAGCAAUGGGGCUUGUAGGGCUGCGCGAACUUGGGUCUAUUUGCAACUAUUUAUUUUAUGACAUUUAUUUAUGGGUUUUUGUUUCUAUUUUGUCAACAAAAAUCUGAGCUAUAUAGUUUUUGGGUGUAAUAAAGCAUGGAUUUUGGCUAGCUCAAUCAUUGUAUUUUAUUUGCAAUUUUAUUUUUUUUUCUUUUUCCUACCCUAUGGUUUGAAAUCUUUUAUGAUUUUAGGGGUUGUUCACUGACUUGAAUCCAAGUUUUAGGUUACAUGUCACAUUGGGGUUUUGGUUAAUUUCUCUCGAGAAAAGUUUCUUUAUUGUUCGAUGUAACCGGAACAUGGUUUUGGUAGCUCAGUCUUUGUUUGUUAUUCAAAAAAAAAAAAAUCAUAUGUUAAUCCAUUGAGGAUUUUAAUUGGAUAUUGCUUGUUGACCUUUUUGGUACCUUACGUUCCAUGGGCCAUUUUGUUUAUUAGAGGGAGUGGGCACCUGGUUUGUACCACUGCGUCAGAUGAUUUCAAUUGCUGAUACUGAUCGCUCUUAUCUGCAAUACUUAGUUUUGGGUGUAUUUUGCAUCUUAACGAUUAUGCUUUAUUGUUAAUGUUUACUUCCCAUUCAAGUCAAUAAUUAUAGCAAUUAAAAAACAUUGUUCUGUUCCUUUUCUACAGAUUGAUGCUUUAGUUUCUGCCUAUUUGCUAGCCUGCGUUAUAUGUGUUGAUUUUUCAAUUCUCGAACUCUCUUUCUUCCUAUCAGAUUGUAUUUUUUUAUACCCCUUUUAAUCUUUUUCUACCAGCAAGCAAACGGACAUCUACAGCUAGGUCUGCUAGGUCAUUGAUUGAUGCUUCUCUUGUCCUACUCUGACCUAAUUUAGUAGAAGUGCAUAGUUUGUUAGAUUUGCUGAGUGGAGUUGUGAAUUCUGUGGCCUUCUCACACCCCACUUAGAGUUUGCUUGUAGACUUGAGAUUAUUUUGCUCAAAACCACUGAAGUUUGUAUACGUCAGAAGCCCUGUCCUCUCCAAUCCAUUCUCUUUUCAUGCCUUACUUUUCUUUGCAACUGUCGGUAAAUAAUACAAGGGAUGUGUUACUUAUGUGUCACGAAGCUGCUUAUUGUUUGCUGCUCUUUCACAGAACAAAGAAAAAAAUGAGCUUUUGAAAGGAAAUAAAAAUUGUCUAAGGGCUUCCUGUGUUGCCUCUUUUCUUGUUCUUUGAAACCAGCAGCAGAAAACCCUCAUUGCAUAACAUUCUAUAGCCUGUGCUCUUCCCACCAUUUCACCUAUAUUUCCAUGAUAAACAGAAUGCUUCCCAUUACCAAAUUUACUACUCAUAAAUUGUAUGAUGGUAGCAAAAGAAGUAAAUUUUCCCAUGGAAAGACUAAAAUGUUUUUGUGUGGCACUCCUGUCUCACUUUCAUGGCUGCCAGGCCGAGCACUGGAAGAGCUGCGGAGUUCUUUGUAUAGUGACUUCCAAACUUCUGAAGGAGCAAAACGCCAGCAGCAAAGAUUCUGUGGUCCAGUUGUAGCAAUGACCUUCAAUUUCACAGUAGCUGUUGGCAUAAUCAUGGCAAACAAAGUGGUGAUGGGAAAGGUUGGAUUCAAUUUCCCAGUUGCUCUGUCACUAAUCCACUAUGCAACUUCUUGGUUUCUGAUGGCCAUCUUUAGCGCACUUUCACUAUUACCUGCCUCCCCUCCUUCAAAGUCCACCCCUUACUCUUCCUUGUUUGUCUUGGGUGCUGUCAUGUCUCUUUCUACUGGACUGGCUAACAUCAGCUUAAAACAUAACAGUGUGGGGUUCUAUCAGAUGGCUAAGAUAGCUGUGACUCCAACCAUUGUUUUAGCUGAGUUCAUGCUUUUCAGGAAAAAGGUUUCCUCCCAGAAGGUUAUCACACUGGCUAUUGUAUCAAUAGGUGUGGCUGUUGCAACUGUCACUGAUCUAGAAUUCAAUUUUUUUGGUGCUUGUGCAGCAUUAGCAUGGAUUGUGCCUAGUGCUGUAAAUAAAAUUCUGUGGUCUAAUAUGCAGCAAAAGGGCAAUUGGACUGCCCUCGCGUUAAUGUGGAAGACUACCCCAAUUACAAUCUUCUUCUUCAUGGCUCUGAUGCCUUUGCUAGACCCACCGGGUAUUUUAUCCUACAAUUGGAAUUUAAACAACACGAUUGCAAUCAUCAUAUCAGCUCUAUUUGGAUUUCUCCUUCAGUGGUCAGGGGCUUUGGCACUUGGCGCCACAUCUGCUCUCUCGCAUGUGGUUCUGGGCCAGUUCAAAACAUGUGUAAUUAUGCUUGCUGGAUAUCUGUUUUUCAAUUCCGAUCCGGGAGUCAUUAGUCUAUGCGGGGCUGUCACUGCUCUCUGUGGAAUGUCAGUCUACACUUACCUCAACCUGCAAGACUCUAAGGAGUCGGGAACAGCAGGCAAGCAGCUUCCUUUAAAGCAGACUUCAUUUGCCCAAAAACCCAAAGCCGACUUUGACAGCACAGCAAGCAAGCAACUUCUUUCAAAGCAGAAUUCAUUCACCCCAAGGCCCAAAAUCGACUUCGAUGGCACAAGCAAGCAGCCUCUUCUGAAGCAGAAUUCUAUAUCUCUAAAACCCAAGACCAUCAUAGACAGCGAGGCAGCCGACUUAAAGAUCUCUGAGGAUCCUGUUUGAGAGAACAAAUGCUUGUGUGCGCCAAGGGACCCUUUCGCUAACCAUGUUAACUUUUCUGUCUCUCCCUUAUUUCUUUCUUUCUUUCCACCUCUGUUUUUUUUCCGAAAUUUAACUUAUGUACAGCAAUAAUCUGAUUCUGGGCAAUUUCGGAUGAUCAAAAUGCAUUCAUCAGUUUCCAUAUAAAUUUGUUAUUCUCA